AUGGCUGUUGGCGGCUGUUUCUGCGGCAAAGUCCGAAUCCAAUAUAGUGGCCAACCUAUAGCGUCGGGACUAUGCUACUGUCUUGAUUGUCGCAAACUGACCGGAUCCGCCUAUUCCUACAAUUUCAUCGUCGACAAUACCCAAUUGACUAUCACUGGCAGUCCGAAAGAAGUGGCCAAAACAUCGGAUAGUGGAAAUCAUAUCAGGAAUUAUUUCUGUCCGGACUGUGGUCUGUAUAUGAUAAGACCAGAACUCUAG